CGCAGCGCUUCUCGCGCAUGCGCAGUGGGCACCUGGCUAUCAAAGUCGGGUGCCCACAGUCUGCUCCCCCUCCCUCCCUAAAGGUCCGCAGUCUCUGUUCAUCCCCUGUACUGUCAGCAGUCUCUGGUCAACUCCUGUACUGUCCGCAGUCCCUCUGGUCAUCUCCUGUACUGUCCGCAGUCUCUGUUCAUUCCCUGUACUGUGCGCAGUCUCUGGUCAUUCCCUGUACUGUCCGCAGUCUCUGUUCAUCCCCUGCACUGUGUCCGCAGUCUCUGGUCAUCUCCUGUACUAUGUCCGCAGUCUCUGUUCAUCCCCUGUACUGUCCGAAGUCUCUGGUCAUCUCCUGUACUGUGUCCCCAGUCUCUGGUCAUCUCCUGUAAUGUGUCUGCAGUCUGUGGUCAUCUCUUGUACUAUGUCCGCAGUCUCUGGUCAUUCCUGUAAUGUGUCCGCAGUCUCUGGUCAUCUCCUGUACUAUGUCUGCAGUCUCUGGUCAUCCCCUGUACUAUGUCUGCAGUC